GAUCAAAUUUCGGCUGAGAAGUGUUGUGCUUCUAAACCAGAUCAGUGUCAGACUUAAGAUUUGAUGUGAGUGCGUCUCAGUCUGAUCAAACUAGCAUAUCAGUAGUAUACACGCUCAUUUUUCCCAUUGGCACCAUUAUUUUGGGAACGUCGCGCAACGUUUAUGGGAGAGGACUGAGGCUGAUGUUAAAAAGUGAUAUGGUAGCAACUACAGUUCAACUUUAAGACUUUAUUUGUAGUCUGGAAUCUCUUUUCAUCUGUUACCUUUAAUAUUUGUUUAACAAGCCGCGGCUAAUUUGCGUAAAUCAUCGUGGACGUGGAUCUAAAGUCGCGUAACUUGUCCAGAAAAGUUCAGUGAUGGAGGAAGACACACGGGAAGAUCAGCUUCUCUUAAAUGCUAAAGAGGGCAAUUUUCUCCUUAUUCAGAGGCUGCUUCAGUCCAGGAUUGACCAAAACGGCUCUUUUAAUAUCAACCGCAGAUCUUGGUCUAAAACCACUUCAGGCUGGACAGCCCUACAUCUGGCCUGUAAUUUUGGCCACAAGGAUGUUGUGGAGGAGUUACUAAAGGCAGGGGUCAAUGUGAAUUUGCAGGAUGAUAUGGGCGACACACCUCUACACAAAGCAGCUUACACUGGAAGAAAGGAAAUUGUUCUGUCGUUGCUUCGUUAUGAUGCCUGUGCCAACAUAAUCAAUGGAACGGCUCAAAUCCCUAAAGAUGUCACAGAGGAUGAUGAAAUCAUUACAAUGCUGGAGGCUGCAGAGAGGAGGGAGAUGAGACGGCGAGAGGAGAAGCUUUUAGGAGCUGCCAGAGAGGGGGACCUUUCCAGUCUGUCUAAAUUGCUCAGUCAUAAAGAAGCUCCAGAUAUCCACUGUAGGGAUUCAGUGGGGAACACAGCGUUACACUGUGCAGCCUACAGGGGGCAGAAGCAGUGCGUCAUAAAGCUGCUUAAGUCUGGAGCCAGCCCAAGUGCCAAGAACAACAAUGAUCAGACACCACUGGAUCUGGUUCGUACUGACGAACUGAAGCAGAUUCUGGCAGCCUAUCAAGACAAGGAUGUGAGCAGUGGGGUGCAGAAGGUUGAGGGGCCUCUUUGGAAGAGUUCCCGCUUUCUUGGAUGGCGAUCUCAUUGGGUGGUGAUUGAAAAUGGAACCAUCUCCUGGUACCCCAGGCAAGCUGAUGCACAGGCUGAUGCUCGAAAACAGGGCUGUAAGUCUCUUUCACAAGCCUACUGCAUGGUCAAACCAUGGGAUCAUUGCUUCUUCAUGCUCAGGUGCUUCGAUGACACUGUGCAUAACUUUAAAGUCCCCUCUAAGAUAGACUCAUUGGCAGCUAGAAAAAAAUGGUUGGAUGCUUUGGAAGAGCAUGCAUCCUACAGCACUCGGCACUGUAAUCAAGGUCAGAUCAUUUAUGAUGGAGAUUUUGAUGUUGAUUUGGAAAUGGGGAAUCUGACACAAGCAGUUCAGGCAGCCAAAGUCUGCCAGCAGAAACUGGAAAGUGAAGUGUUAAUAUUUGAAUCUAUGGUGAAGAAUGAGGGAAAUUUAGCUUUGGCUGCACCUCUUCUAUUGAAAGUCAAAGAGACCAGUAAACUUUCCAGUGAAACUUGUGCUGCCCUCAAGACAUGCCUAGAACUGCUGUCAAGACAAGAAGAGGUGUGGAGCCUAAAGUUAGAGCAGGAGGAGGAGAAGAACAAAGCUCUGACAGAAGCUCUGCAAACUUUGGCAACUGAGAACCACGAGACUGUGUGUAAGAGCAGGAGGUCGUCUACUCUCACUACCCUCACAGAAGAUGACUUCUAUGAUGCUCAGUCAGAGUCUGAGUCGGAGCUCUCUGUGAGCGGCUUCCUGUCUGUGGCCAGUUACUCCUGCGAAGAGGACGAGGACAGAGACACCCCUCUUAACAGCCUCCACAAUCCUAGCGCAUACAGGGGGGCUUGCGGAAUGUCAGGAGAGGGUAACCGUGGCAACCAACCAGCCCAGAACAAUGGAGUCAAGAAGCACAGAACAUCCUUGCCGGCUCCAAUGUUCUCCAGGAAUGAUGUUAGCAUCUGGAGUAUCCUGAAAAAAUGCAUUGGGAUGGAGUUAUCAAAGAUUGCCAUGCCUGUUGUAUUUAAUGAGCCUCUGAGCUUCCUCCAGCGGCUUACAGAAUACAUGGAGCACACCUACCUCAUCCACCAGGCCAAUGCAGCAACAGACUCUGUUGAAAGGAUGAAGUGUGUUGCCGCCUUUGCCGUGUCAGCUGUAGCCUCACAGUGGGAUAGAACAGGGAAACCCUUCAACCCACUGCUGGGGGAGACAUAUGAACUGAUCAGAGAUGAUUUGGGCUUCAGGUGGAUGUCAGAACAAGUUAGCCAUCACCCUCCUAUCAGUGCCUUUUACGCUGAGGGCCUCAAGGAGGAUUUUGUCUUCCAUGGUUCCAUAUAUCCCAAACUUAAGUUCUGGGGAAAGAGCAUAGAAGCCGAGCCCAAAGGCGUCAUCACACUGGAGCUCCCCAAACACAACGAAUCUUAUACUUGGACAAACCCCACCUGUUGUGUUCACAACAUCAUCGUUGGCCAGCUUUGGAUCGAGCAGUAUGGCAACGUGGAAGUGAUCAAUCACAAAACUGGGGAAAGAUGCAACAUAACAUUCAAGCCUUGUGGCCUCUUUGGAAAAGAGCUCCAUAAAGUUGAGGGAUACAUUCUUGAUAAAAGCAAAAAGAAGCUGUGUGCAAUGUAUGGCAAAUGGACCGAAUGCCUCUACGUCAUUGACCCUGCUACUUUUGAUGCCCACAAAAAGUCAGAUAAAAAGAAUUCAGAGGAAAAAAAGAGCAACAAAGAGUCUCAGAGCAGUGUUGACGAGGAGCCUGAAGAGAUGCCUCCACCAGAUGCUGAGACAGUCCAGGUCAUCCCCGGCAGUGAGCUCAUCUGGAAGAUAACUCCUCGACCAGACAACUCAUCCAAGUUCUAUGCAUUCUCCACAUUCGCCAUGCAGCUAAAUGAGAUGGACAAGAGCAUGGAGGGAGUCCUUCCUCCCACAGACAGUCGCCUCAGACCAGACAUCCGUGCCAUGGAGAACGGAGAUAUAGAUUCGGCGAGUGCGGAAAAAAAGAGGCUUGAGGAAAAACAGCGAACAGCCCGAAAAAAUCGCUCUAAAUCAACAGAGGAAUGGAAAAUAAGGUGGUUUCAGCAAGGACCCAACCCUUACAACAAAGCUCAGGACUGGCUCUACUUGAAAGGCUACUGGGACAGGAAUUACAGUCAACUGCCUGACAUCUACUAAAUGUAAAAAUCUGCACAGGUAUACACACGGAUAUCUGUUUUCCCACCUUUGGACUCCGCCUGCUGCUCUGGGGAUUGCACUCCCAACGUUUAGGAACAACAUAAAGAAGUCUAUAUAGAACUGCAGGUUGAGUAUGGGGUUCACUUUGAGGAGAACAUGCUUUAAAAAUGCAGUGACACACUGUUUGAACUCAGAGGUAUCUCAUUUUCUUUGGUCUGUGUGAUAAAUAAGGCACAAAACUUUUUUUUUUUUGCUUAUUUAUUGUGGUUUAUGACCACUUACAUGAGGUGUUAGCAUGUAGUGGAAAAACUAGAAUGUAUUUGAGAAAUAUUACAUGUUAGAUGGUGUGUUUUAAACAGAAACCUCAGCUUAACUGUUAUUUUGUCCAAAAUUCUCUCUGUCAUGACAUUUUACGCGUCAGUGUCGAUUAAGUGAGGAGGCAGCGAGACUGGAUGAAGCUUGUGGUGUUUUCUAAACACAGCUUUGUUGCGAAUUGAUACUUGUGCAUGCAUUACUGUAAUGCAGUACAAUGUUUUAAAAUGGAUCAUUUGGGUACAUUUGCCUUUGUUUUCUCUUUCUGGUACAGUGAGUGGUGCAAAUAUUAAGUAUGUAAAGGAAUGUCUUUAGAAAUUUGCCUCAUUGCUUGUUUAAAAGGCUACUAUAGUUGAUUGUAAACCUGUCAGCUAGAUUAGAUCAGGGGGAAAAAAAAAAGUAAAUAAAUGAAAACUGAUGACCAUGACGGUAACAGGAAGAUUUUGAAUAAGAUACUCUAUCCUUAAGCCUAUUAUGUAGCAUAUAAACAUGUGUUGAGAUUAAUGCUCUACCCAACCCUGUAAAGACUUUUUUCUCCCUUACUAUACUAAAGCAGAGACACUGGUUCUGUACUUAUAGAAGUGUGUGUGUGUGUGAAGGUUUUGCUAUAGAUUAAUACAACUGAUGAUAUUCGUAGUGCUAAGUGCAUUAACCUAAUCAAAAUCCAUCUAUCAUGAUAAAUGCAUGUGCAUAACUAUUACUAUGCAAGCCUUACCUCCUUCAGUCAAUCACUGACCAUUUGAUUUCUCAUGAUAGCUGCUACAUGUACGUUUUAGUUUUACUGUUAUCACUCUUUUGGGUAUUAAACAGAAUUUCUAUUGUUGCUAAA